AUUGCCAAAAUGGCAGCCAGGAAUGAGACGCAGUUUGAAAAGUUAAUUGAUGAAGCUACAAGAAGAAAAGAUUUCGAAUUGUUAGAACAAUAUCUGGAAACAGAAGAGUGUGAAAAUGUCUCUCACAAAUGCAGCAAACAGUUUGUCAACAAACUAGACAAGCUUCUGUGUCGGGAGCUUGACAAACAAGAAUUCAAAACCAUUUCAACUUUACUAAAUUCUCUUUGGAAAUGCGGGGAAAAAAUCAGCAUAGCCGGUGAAGAUGGGCUCCCAGGAAUGAUAAAAUAUGGUCUUAUUGGAAAGAUGGUUAAUUGGUUUGAAAAGGUAAAAGGAAUUUUGGUCCUUAGAGGAAAUGAAAAUAAUAAAAUCCUUACAACUCUGGCUGAAGAUUUCUUCAACAUAUUGCUGGCUGUAUAUGAUAGCAGACCUGAAGGUAAAAUGCAAAUGUUAGAAAACUUUGUUCUGAGAAUAUGUACCCUCAUUGCAGAUGUAAGAAUUAGUAUUUAUGUCCAGCAGGAGGUAGUAAGAAAACUUAAUUUAAUGCUCGACAACAUGCCUCGAGAUGCGAGGAAAAAAAUAUUUUCUACAAAGGAAAUGCUGCCUGUCAUGAGUGACAUGGGUAGGAGAAUUUUGGAUGCUGGAGACUAUGAUCUGCAAGUAGCCAUUACAGAAGCUUUAUGCAGAAUGAUACCAGAGAAACAAAGAAGGGAACUGGCAUGCCAGUGGUUUUCCAUGGACUUUGUGUCCAGUGCAUUUAAAGGAAUUAAAGAUUCUGAGUUUGAAACAGACUGCAGAAAAUUUCUUAACCAGGUGAAUGGCAUGCUUGGAGACAAAAGAAGGGUUUUUACAUAUCCGUGCUUGUCAGCAGCUCUUGAUAAAUAUGAGCUACAGAUACCAUUAGAUGAAAACCUUGAAGAAUUUUGGAUUGAUUUCAACAUUGGUAGUAGAAGUAUAUCUUUCUAUGUGGCAGCAGAUAAUGCAGAUCAUCAAUGGGAAACAGUCAUUAUACCAGAGGAAGAGGUAGUCCUGUACAACCUUGAAGAGAAAGAUUCAAAAAAAUUAUUAACAAUAGAUCUAAAAAGCCCAAUGAAUGUGGGUAAUCAAGAAGGAGAGAGAAUUUUUUUAUAUUUUGAUUCUAUCUUGGAAAUCAAAGAUGUAACCGGAAAGGUUUAUGGAUUAAGUAAAUGUAAGGGAUUUAGUAAGAAGCAGUCUUCGUCAGUUGCCAAAACAACUGUGCAUGUCAUCUUUGAUGAAAGUGGAUCCCAGGUUCUGGUACCAGAAAGUCAGUUGUCACCAUGUUUGGAAGAAAAAUCUGAAGAAGAGGAGAAACUCAGUAAGUACAAAACACAGCAACUUCCAGGAACACAAAGGACUCUGUGCACAAACAACAACCAAGAUAAAUGCAAAGGUAGUUCCUCCAAGAUAACCACAUCUUGUAAAAGGAAAGUGUCUGAAGCAUCAGUACUUAUUCCUGGAACUACAAGAUUUCCCACACGGAGUCCACUGCUAUUUGUUAGUACAUCCACUCCUUGUAAAGGACGAUUUAAAUUACCUUUGAAAAUGAUGAGCUCUGCUGAAAGGUCUAACAGUAAUGAAAUAAAUGAGACGAGAACAAAAAAUGUCUAUAAAGAACCUACUGGAAAUGGGCAAAGAUGUACACCAGAUAAUGAAUUUUCUGAAACAGAACAGAAUGCCAGGAAGUCAAAAAUCAGAGAUGAGACAAAACUACCUGAAAAGGGAAUAUGUAAUGAAGAAGUUUUAAAAAAUAUACAAGAGGCAGAAAAUAGGGCCACCAGAAAGCAAACUUUAGAUGAUGCACUAGAUAUUGUUCCUGAUUCUCAGCCAACAGGGAGAAGCAACAAACAUCCACUGCCUGGUCUUUUGGAAAGUUCUUCUGAUAAAAACAGAACAUGGAAAAAAAGAGCGUGUUCUGUUCCUGAGAAGAAUAUAACAACUGGUGGCAGGCAAAAACUAAAUCUGACAUCAGGACCUACAUCCCAUUCAGGUUUUAACAAAAGAGAUGUGAAACAAAAUGUUUUUUAUUCAGUUUGUGGAAAUACCUCUCCAGAUAAACAAAGAAAUAAAAAAAGAAGAGAAAAACAGCAGCAAAAUGGAAUUGAAAUCAGGAGGGAAGAAAACUGCAAAAUACUGAGUGGACCAGAAACAUCUUUGCAUUCUGAUUUUACAAAAUACAGCAAUACGGAAGAAGAAGCUGAUGUUCUCUCAGGAAAAGAGACUUCAAAUAAUAAACAGUCAAAAACGAAAAAAAAGUCUAAAGAAAUGACAGAUGCAACAAAAUCACUAAUUACUAAAAUCAGUGACAGAUAUAAAGAAAAGACUAGCGAGAAAAGCAAAACAAGAGACUCCUCAGGUUUCAAUAGACCGUGUUUAAGUAAAUCUUGUUUCAGUGUUAAUAAGGAAAAAGUUCAAAAUAGAAGCUUGAAAACUACUACUUUCCUUGAUACAACCGCUGGUCAUAUUUUGGAUGAUGUCUACAACUUUAACAUCAGUGGGUCUGAUGAGCCUACAAUAAAGCUUGGGAUCCAAGACUGUCAUGUUAAGGAACAGAAUAUUCAUACAGAUCCAAAGAAAAACGGGGACUUACUGCUAAGUGUAGUGUUACUGAUCAUUAGCAAAUACAUAUAUCCUUCAGGGUUUAAGGAUGAAAUUAAAACUAGCACUGAAAUGAAAGCAGGAAAAAAAACUAGAAACAAUCGGGACAAGAAGCAUCUCUUCAGUGACACAGACACAGAAUACAGAGGUGAUGACAGCAAGACAGACAUCAGCUGGCUACAAGAAUCAAAAUCUAAACCCCAGUUAAUCGAUUAUACUAGAAAUAAAAACUUAGGGAAAUCAAUAAGUGCAGGCAAAAAUAAAUUCUCUGAACCUGCUUGCCAGAUGGAUACAUCUAAAGGCAAAACAGCAAAAAAGAAAAAGGAAACUGAAUGUAAAAAACAAGCUUCAAGACAAGAUGAAAUGAUAGAACAAACCUAUAGAACAAAACGACCUCGAAAAGCAGCAUUAGCAAAAAAUUACAAAGAGCCUUCCAGCUCAGAGGAGUCAGAAAGGGAGUAUUCAGCAUGUGCCUCUAAGAAGGAGAAAUCAAAAGUACAGAAACCUAUGAAUGAGGAAAACAGAGAUGGUGAUCAGCAGAAGAAACUCCAGAAUACUGUAUCUUUGGAGACAAAGACAGUAGUAGCCUAUGUAAAUAAAGCGUUUAUUAAAUCAAAGAACUCUGAUGAAGAAAAGGAAAUUGAAAUGUCAUUACCUGAGAGUCCAGCAUCUCUUGAGACAAUGAGAGGUGCUGAGAGAUUAUCAGAGAGAGAUGUUACUCAAGAGCAUAUUUCUAGUGAAGGAUCACCUGGUCUUCAGGAGUCAACACCAAAAAACAGGGAAACAUUAAACUUUGGGAAAGGAAUCUCUCCUAAUAAUCUCUGUCCACAAAAAAAGAAUUUUCAAAACAUGUGUCUAAAUCAGUCCCCAGAAAUGACUGUUAAAAAGUUAACAUUUGGAAAUAAAAGUUUCUCACCAGUUAUAACUGCAUCAUCUUUGCUCAACUUAACUCCAGUAACCCCAUAUAAAACUGUCAGUGGAAAACAUACAAAGGAAUCUGUAUCUGAAACGUGUGAUGCUAAUGAAAAUUUGAGUUUUAGACAUGGCUUUUCAGAUAAACUUUCUGUUGAAGGAAAGCUACAAGAUAUCACUAAACCUAUCAUCAAAAAUAAAAGAGAGGAACCAUCUCCUUUAUCCAUUUCCAGUGGAAGUAAAGUACAGUCUUGGAGUCAAGAACAUUAUGGCCCUGUGCACGAGUCAGGACCGACUAUACAUACAUUCCUGAAACGAAGGUACCAGAGUGAUACAGAAAGCCAUUCUGAUGAAGUAGAAACAAGCAAAGAGGAGGAAAAGAAAGGAAGCAGAAGAACAAAGUUGCAGCCUAGAAAAUUAUUUAAAAUGGAUGACACGGUUACUUACAGAGUGUCUGAAAGCUUAUCUACUGUAUCUGUAAAUGAUCCAUCUGUUUUGGGUGAGGAUGUCUGGGAACCUGGUUAUUCAACUAUCAGUAUGUGUCAGAAGUUCCAAAAAGAAUUUACUAAGAAAAUCGAGAGCCGUUCACAAAAAAUGGAUCAUUUUACAAAGCAAUCAUUAAGAGCUGCCCACCAGCAUUUAGCAACAAUGAAUUACCAGCUUCAUGAAUGCAGGAUUAGACAGCUGGACAAAUUUCAUUUAGUUAUCCUUGAGGAAAUUGAAAAUUUUGAGAAAGAUUCUCAGUCCCUGAAAAACAUGGAAAAAGAAUUCUUGACCUUUUGGAAAAAACAGAAGCAGACUUUAAGUAUGUACAUGAAAAAUGAGCAACAGAGAUUUCAGAUCCUGAAAACAUCAUUUGAAAAGAACAUCUUCCAUACUGUUGACUAUGAAGAACAUAUUUUUACUUCACAGAUGCAUCUUAUGAAAGAAGACAUGAAAGGACUCCAAGAGAAAUUUCUUAAAGAAAUGCAAGAAGAGGAACUGAUUAAUGUUCGCAGAGGAUUGCAGACAUUGUUUCUAUCAGAAGACGGAGAAUUCUAAAGUAAUAU